CCUUUCACAAUAACCCGACAGCCCCUCCGAGCCUGGGUGAUACCACGCGCACGCGUUUUCGCGCAUUCCGGUUAGAGCUCCCUUGCCGCUGACGCGAAGCGGGUCAAAGUGUGUCUUUUUAGGCUGUCCCACCCUGAAGAGAUAGCCAGUGGGUGUCUCGUUUCCCUAUAUAAACAAUUUUUUUGUCAGGCUGUAACUACUGAACAAUUUGUUCGCACCGAAGUUGGAGCUGCAGAACACCAUUGUACAUGGAUAUGGAGCUCGUCAUGGCAAUAGCGGGCAACAUGUGCGCAUGGCAGAUGUGACUGCGGAGUUGUGACAGUGGUUUUGGGUUCACUCCGUUCGGAUACGCCAAGGAUCAGAGAAGAACGUUGAGAGAGAGCCAUGAGUAGAGUGGAGGAGGGGCUGGACCACAUGAUACCAUGACGACAAGUCUGCAGGUCCUGUGCUGCCGACUGCUGAGUGUGCUGGUGAUCCUGGUGCUGCCGGCAGGACGGGUGUCUCAGGAGCUGCGCCCCAGCGGGCCGCCGCCGGUCCCGCCGAACCCCACCAUGGCCCCCUCCCCGGACGCCCCGGGCUGGUGGGAGUUUAGCGGGAGGGGCGGGGUUCGCUCGGCCAGCCUGCCUGCCUCGCACGCGCCCGCCGACCCCCACAGUGGACCCCUCGUCCGACAGUCUGGUACUCACCAUCCUCCUGUAAGGGCAGGCCAAGACUUCACGGACUCUGGAAGGUCUUACUACGCCUCUGAACUGCAGCCUUCCUCCUCCUCACCCUCUCUCGCCUCUGCCACAUCAAGCUCCUCCUCCUCAGCGUUGAAACAGGAAGCAGAGCUCCGAGGCCCCGCCUCCCCCACGCUGGAGCUCGUCCGGCCCCACCCCAUCACCCUUCGCGAGGCGGGUGCUUUCCCGUCUGACGGCGGGACCGCCACGCCCCUUUCCUCCAUCUCCACCCCGACCUUCCGCUUGCUCGACAUCGCUGCGACAGGAAGUGACAUCACAACCACGGACGUUUCCCCUGACAGCAGCUCGGCGGACGGCGCCGGCGGCUCCAGCCUCGCGCCCGUCCCGAGCCCUGGCAGCACCGUGUCCCGCUCCAGGGGGGAGGAGCCACCGGGGGGCGUGGCCUCUGUUACCACGGAGCCACCCGCCAGUCCCACGGACAACCUCCAAAACAGACUCUUCCCAGCAGCCAAUCAGACGGACUGGGCCCCGGUGGUCUGCCUGAGCAGGGUGGACAUCGUGUGGAUGGUGCUGGCCAUCACUGUGCCUGUCGCCACCUGCUCCGUCCUCCUCACGGUGUGCUGCAUGAGGAAGAGGAAGAGGAAGAAGGCCUCGGGCCAGGAGAGCAGCCUGAGCUACUGGAACGACGCCAUCACCAUGGACUACUUCAGCCGCCACGCGGUGGAGCUGCCCCGGGAGAUCCAGCCCCUGGAGACGCCGUAA